AUGACCUGGGCAGCAACUCUUGAUUAUGGGCGCAAGACAAAGAAUGAGGACAUACGACCAGGGCCACUGCGUCCAGCAAAUAUCAUAAGAAACAAAUUUCCUACCUACAAGAACGGUUCAAACGGCAUAGUGAUCAAGCUGGCAGAUGGCCCAGAAGUGCCGCCUCUGAAGGAGGUUGUUGCUAAGGAGACUGAGGAACUGCUUGAUCGCCGUCAGCGCUUCUCAGUCCGUGAGCUUGCAAUGAAGUUUGAGAAGGGACUCAACACUGCCACUCUGUUGUCUAAAGAGGUUAAAUGGAGACAAGUGGCUUUGUUGGAGCGAGACAUUCUCCUGAAAAAUCUAAAGAGUGUAUUGGAGUCACUGAGAGGUCAAGUCACGGGCAAAACUAAGGAUGAAAUUGAGGAGUCUAUUUCUAUGGUGGAAAUUCUUGCAGUUCAGCUCUCCAAAAGAGAAGCUGAGUUGAUUCAACAAAAAACAGAGGUCACAGAAUUAGCGAAAUCAUUAAAGCUGGCUUCUGAAGAUGCCAAGAGAAUUGUUGAAGAAGAAAGAGUUAAUGCCAAUACGGAGGUAGAGAGUGCUAGGUCUGCAGUGCAAAGAGUUCAAGAAGCACUUCAGGAGCAUGAAAAGAUGUCCAAAAAAACUGGGAAGCAAGAUAUGGAGGAACUAAAGAAAGAAGUUAGAGUGGCCAGAAGAAUAAAAAUGCUGCAUUGCCCUAGCAAGGCCAUGGAUCUAGAAAAUGAAAUCAAAACUUUACGUAAGACGUUUACUGAGAAGUCUGUGGAUUGUGUCAAUCUUUUGAAAGAGUUGGAACUGCACAAAAGACUAAAAGGAAACGAAAUUCCCGUGUUCGAUUUGGAGGGUCUCCAGUGCUUGGGUUCAAUGCUACACAUAGUUUGUCACAACGGUACUCCCGUGGAUUUUUCAAAUAUUUCUGUCCAGUGGUUCCGGAUACACCCAAAAGAAAGCAACAAAGAGAUUAUUUCAGGUGCCACAAGACCAGCAUAUGCUCCAGAGCCAAAUGAUGUUGGACGUUACAUGCAAGCUGAAAUCAAUUUUGGGGGUGAAACUGCAAUAGCAAAGACAGCUGGGCUAGUAGACCCUGAUGCUGGACUGGUGGAUUAUGUAGAGACACUCGUAAGAAAACCUGAAACUGAAUUCAAUGUUGUUGUGCUUCAGUUGAAUGGAAUUGAUCAGCCGAAAGAGGCUGUUCAUGUUCUCAAUGUUGGGAGAUUGCGGAUGAGACUUUCAAAAGGAAAGACAGUAGUUGCCAAAGAAUUCUAUUCCUCAUCGAUGCAGCUAUGUGGUGUUCGAGGUGGUGGGGAAGCAGCCUCACAGGCAAUGUUUUGGCGGCCCCGGAGUGACCUCAGCUUCGCCGUUGCCUUUGAAACAGCGAGAGAGCGGAACACCGCCAUCAUGCUGGCGCGGCGGUUCGCCAUUGAUUGCAAUGUCCAGGCGACAAGACUCCCUGGUGAAGGAGACGGCGCACACUGGUGCUGGAUGCUUGUGCCUCCAAACUCCGGUCCGACCAGCGACCCUCGCAGAGCGAAUCGUGAUGUUGUACAUUUUAGUGUAUUUCAUGAUAUGUGUGUAGCCUGUGGGUUUUGUUCCCUUGUGGCCUUGUGGUGGUAG